AUGGUUCGGCAAAUCCAAGCCUACAUUCAGGCAGUGGCGACAUCCAACUCGGGCAGAAUUAGCAGCGCUGCUGGCGGGGGGCUGCAGCACGGAGCGGGACGAGCGGAACGAGUGACAGUGAAAGAAGAGAGAGCGGAACGGGCGGAGAGAGUAACUGUGAAGGAAGAAGGAACGGGACGAGGGCACCGGACGUUGGCGUUCUGCGUGGCCCUCAGCACGGCGCUAAGCCAGUUCCGCGACGUGCUGGCGUGUCUCGACGUCCACCGCCACUCCCCCGCGCUCGCCGCCCUUCCGCCAGCUCCGCAUUCCGCCAGCCCCCCGCUCCCCGCAGCAGGGGGAUCGGACCGCAGGGAAGGGCAGGAGCAGCAGCGGUGGCGGCAGGAGCGGCAGGGGGAGGAGGAGAGAAAGGCUGCGGAGAGCGGGAGUGUGGCAUUGCGGAUGGGGGAUUCAGAAGAAGGCACGGUGGGGAGGGAUGGGUCAGGGGGAGCAGCACCGAGGCUAAGAGAGGGAGGACCCGCUGUGGGGGGGAUGCAGGAGCGGGGAGGGGAGUAUCUGCGGCUGAGGCACCUGCUGGCGUUCCUGUCGCCGUGGUUCUUGCGCUUGGAGUGCCUCGUCUGCUUCGUUGAUGACUGCAGGUGGGUGGGUGUGUGGGUGCAUAUCUUUGCAUGCGGCCCCUACUUAGUCGCGUUGGCGCUGGGGCCGGCGCUGGGGAAUGCGGUGCGGCCGCUGGUGCAGGGCGUGGCGGAAUCUUUGCGCGGCGGUCCCUUCUUGGACGCUCUGGAGGCGAGGAAGAGAGCAGCGCAGGGCGGCGAGCGCGAGCAGCUGGGGGCGGCGCUGGGGGAGGCGGUGCGGCCGCUGGUGCAGGGCGUGGCGGAGUGGGCCGUGCUGGGGAACGUGGAUGCCCGCAACGAGGAGUUUUUUGUGCGGUGCAGUGCGGUGGCGACCAGCAAGGACGUCCUCUGGCAGGAGGGAUUUUGGAUGGACGAGGCAAUGGUCCCUGUGCGUCUCAUCCCUCUCUCCCUAGCACAAACCAUACUCCGCGUUGGCAAGUCCAUUCGCUUCCUCGCCCACUGCUGCGGCGACAGGCUCGGGCCCGAAGCAGCCAAGCAGGUGGAGCGGGAGGUUCGGGGCGCCCGAGCCUCGCUGGAGCUCCGGGACGUGCCAAGGCUGGUGGAGAGGGUAUCAGCGCAGGUGGAGACGCGGUUGGUGCAGGUGGUGGUGGGGCAGUUCAAUCUGCUGCACCACUGCGCUCUCAUCAAGCGCUUCAUACUCCUCACCAACGGCCACUUUGCCCAGGUGUUGCUAGAUGAGGCGUCCAGUGAGCUCAAGAAGCCAGUCAACAAAGUCAGCACCAUCGCCCUCUCAGGUGCCCUCCAUGGAGCUGUGCUGGCAUCGUUAUUCUCAGGGGAGGAACCUGCCCUGGCUGAUGCGCUGCAAGUCAAGCUGGUCAACGACAGCUUACCGGUUGGCCCCACCACCUUUCACUGUCUUCCUCCCCCAGCAUUCACCCACCAACCCUCCUCCCGCUCUCUCUCUCUCAACCCUCCUCCCGCUCUCUCUCCUCUCCCUGCUCUCCUUCUCUCCUCUCCCUGCUCUCCUUCUCUCCUCUCCCUGCUCUCCUUCUCUCCUCUCCCUGCUCUCCUCUCCUCUCCCUGCUCUCCUUCUCUCCUCUCCCUGCUCUCCUUCUCUCCUCUCCCUGCUCUCCUUCUCUCCUCUCCCUGCUCUCCUUCUCUCCUCUCCCUGCUCUCCUUCUCUCCUCUCCCUGCUCUCCUUCUCUCCUCUCCCUGCUCUCCUUCUCUCCUCUCCCUGCUCUCCUUCUCUCCUCUCCCUGCUCUCCUUCUCUCCUCUCCCUGCUCUCCUUCUCUCCUCUCCCUGCUCUCCUUCUCUCCUCUCCCUGCUCUCCUUCUCUCCUCUCCCUGCUCUCCUUCUCUCCUCUCCCUGCUCUCCCUGCUCUCCUUCUCUCCUCUCCCUGCUCUCCUUCUCUCCUCUCCCUGCUCUCCUUCUCUCCUCUCCCUGCUCUCCUUCUCUCCUCUCCCUGCUCUCCUUCUCUCCUCUCCCUGCUCUCCUUCUCUCCUCUCCUCUCUCCUCUCCCUGCUCUCCUUCUCUCCUCUCCCUGCUCUCCUUCUCUCCUCUCCCUGCUCUCCUUCUCUCCUCUCCCUGCUCUCCUUCUCUCCUCUCCCUGCUCUCCCUGCUCUCCUUCUCUCCUCUCCCUGCUCUCCUUCUCUCCUCUCCCUGCUCUCCUUCUCUCCUCUCCCUGCUCUCCUUCUCUCCUCUCCCUGCUCUCCUUCUCUCCUCUCCCUGCUCUCCUUCUCUCCUCUCCCUGCUCUCCUUCUCUCCUCUCCCUGCUCUCCUUCUCUCCUCUCCCUGCUCUCCUUCUCUCCUCUCCCUGCUCUCCUUCUCUCCUCUCCCUGCUCUCCUUCUCUCCUCUCCCUUCUCUCCUUCUCUCCUCUCCCUGCUCUCCUUCUCUCCUCUCCCUGCUCUCCUUCUCUCCUCUCCCUGCUCUCCUUCUCUCCUCUCCCUGCUCUCCUUCUCUCCUCUCCCUGCUCUCCUUCUCUCCUCUCCCUGCUCUCAAUCUCUCCUCUCCCUGCUCUCCUCCUCUCCUCUCCCUGCUCUCCUCCUCUCCUCUCCCUGCUCUCCUCCUCUCCUCUCCCUGCUCUCCUUCUCUCCUCUCCCUGCUCUCCUUCUCUCCUCUCCCUGCUCUCCUUCUCUCCUCUCCCUGCUCUCCUUCUCUCCUCUCCCUGCUCUCCUUCUCUCCAUUACCACCCCAACCACCCUCCUUUCCCCCUUACUCUCAGCACCCCUGGCAUAUCUGGCUGGGACGUGUUCACCUUGGAGUACCGCAUUCUACCGCCUCUCACCGCAGUCAUCACCACAACCGCACAGCACCACUACGCACGCCUCUUCACCGCACUCUUCCUCCUGCAGCGCACCCGUCGUGCCCUCUCCUCCACCUGGCUGGCCCUCAAGCCCCGAGCCUCCAGGCUUCUGCCGCCCGUUGUCAGGGAGUCCAUUACUGCUACGGUUUCGGGCAGGUUCGCUGGAGGUUUGGGUUCCCGGGCAGCUGGAGCGGGCAGCAAAGCAAGAAAACCAGACCCGGGAGGAAUUGGACACGGCUUUGCUGCUGCUGGUGCUGGUACUGCUGGUGCUGGUACUGCUGGUGCUGCUGCUGCUGGUGCUGGUACUGCUGGUGCUGGUACUGCUGGUGCUGCUGCUGCUGGUGCUGGUGGGGGAAGUCUGGAAGGUGAUGGUGGUGGUGGUGAAGGGGGGGCGAGAGUGACAGGGGGGUUGCAGGCGUGGAAGGAGAGGGAGGAGGAGAAGCUACUGGUGGGGCCGGUGAGGGGCGUGCGGGGCGUGUUCGCACGCAUGUCGCAGUUCAUGCGUGUGAUCGAGACGUUUGCUGCUCUCAGGAUCGAAACAAGCUGGAAGGAGAUGGUGGAAGGGGCCAAGGGUGCAACGAAUCUGGACGAGCUGAUUGCCUGCCACGAGCGCUACCAGCAGGCGCUACUGAAGGCGCUCUUCCUGGACCGCCCCUCCGCCGCCAUCCUGAGCAGUGUGCGCCGCACCUGCCGCCUCGUGCUCGAAGUCUCUCACCUCGCGGCCCGCCUUCAGAAGCACACCGAUAGCCUGUUCGCCAGGAAGCUUGCUGCUACUCGCACGGCAAGAGCUAGCAGCGCCAGCACCCGGAGCUCCUCUGUGCUUCACACCAACGACAACCUUGAGAACACAGUAGCACUGUCUUCAGGCGUUGCUGUCGUUGGCACUCUCUUCUCCCAUGCAUGUGUGCGCCUCUGCUGCCCUCCUCCUGCUUACCGCUGCCUCUCCGCCCCUUCCCCUCACCCAUGCCCUCCCCCCACCCCUCCCCCCCUCCCCUCUCCAGCUGCUGCUGCUCCAGUCAACGUGUACGCUGCUGCUGUGGACGCGAUGCUUCGUCCCGUCAACGCCAGCGCGGCUGCUGUGGGUACUGCUGGGUGCUGCUGGGUGCGGACUGUCCUGCAGUCAACGCCAACGCCAACGGACUGUCCUGCUUCGCAGAUGAGUGCCCCUCCGCCCUUUGCUCGCCUCGCUUUCUCCUUUUCCUCGCAUGCACUCCGCACUCUCGCCCUGCUCGCUGCAGCAGCAACAGCACAAAACCGCCGCCCUGCUAGCACCAUACAUCAAACUCCCGUCCUUCCUGGCCUCAUCCUGAUCCGCCCCCUCUCGUCCCAGCUGGUCGCUCACACGGGAGUGGCAAUGGUUGGGGCAUGGAGUGCACAGGCAGCAGCUGCUCUCCACCCAACCCACCCACAGCUAACUGAGGCUGCAUCAGUGGCCCCCUUCUCUGCUCUCACCUGCCAUCCCACCCCACCCAUCCUACCACUAGCCGCUUACUCACCGAUCUUCAGUGGCAGUGGAGGGGAGGGGAAAGGGGCAGCACAUUACUCGGCUGGGGCGGGAAGCGAGACCUUCACAUCCGCAUUUUUUCCCCCUCCCUUCUCAGUCCUAAUCUGCCCCCUCUCUUCUCAGCAGGUCGCUCGCACGGGAGUGGCAGUGGCGGGGGACAUGGAGUGCACAGGCAGCAGCUGCUCUCCACCCAACCCACCCGCAGCUAACAGGUCGCUCGCACGGGAGUGGCAGUGGCGGGGGACAUGGAGUGCACAGGCAGCAGCUGCUCUCCACCCAACCCACCCGCAGCUAAUUCUCUCCUUGCAGGUGGAGGGGAGGGGCGUGGGGGUCAACACCGCCGCUCCCUCACACCCCUCCCCAGUGGCCGUGCAGGUGGCUGUGGUCACUCAUACAGAAGUGGCAGUGGCGGGGGACAUGGAGUGCACAGGCAGCAGCCGCAACCCACCCGCAGCUAAGUUCCUGCCCUGCCUCUCUACUCCUGUUCUCUCUUGUGUUCUUUGCUGCAUCUCCUGUUUCUUCUCUCUUCAAAUGCAAGCCUCUGUUCAGCCAAAGCUUCAAGCCACAGACCCGUUUUUUCUAAGUGGCCCCUUCCCCUCUGCUUCUUCUGAUCGUGCAUCUCCUCCUUCACCCCCUCGCCUCUCCUCCAGUCACUCACUAUUUCUCUGUGGGCCAUUGCAGGUGGAGGGGAGGGGCGUGGGGGUCAACACCGCCACUCCCUCACGUCUCUCCCCUGUGGCCGUGCAGGUGGCUGUGGUGGGAGGGGAGGGGGGCAGCACUCCACUCGGCUGGGAUGGGAUGGGAGAGUAUCGGGCUGGGUCGUCUGAAUCAAGAAGUGGCAGUGGCAAGGACAUGGAGUGCACAGGCAGCAGCCGCAACCCACCCGCAGCUAAGUUCCUGCCCUGCCUCUCUACUCCCACUCUCUCUUGUGUUCCUUGCUGCAUCUCCUGUUUCUUCUCGCUCCAAACGCAAGCCUCUGGUUCAGCCAAAGCUUGGGGCAGCACUCCAAUUGGCUGGGGUGGAAGGAAGCGUAUCGGGCUGGGUCGUCUGAACCAAGGUCAUGUGGGGUCAGGGGAGGGGGGCAGCAUUCCACUCGGCUGGGAUGGGAAGGGAGAGUAUCGGGCUGGGUUGUCUGAAACAAGGAGGCAUGAGGGUGAAUUGUGGGGUGGGUGGGAGGGGAGCAUGGGAGCAAGUGGCCAGCUCACUGCCUUAGGGGCAGCUUCCUCAGGGGUUGUGCGUUGUGGGUCGGGGUGUGGUGGGUGGGAUCUGCGCGGCACGGCACUCGGUGCUCAAGUAACCGAUCUGGCGUUUAAGGCCUAA